AUGCCUCAUGCUGAGCCUCGGAGAAGGAGGAGUCGGAGUAAGGAAAUUGCUAUUCAUAGGAGGAUUCUUAUUGCUGCUCGUGAAGGAAAGUUUGCUCCUAUUGAUGUUGCCUCAGCGACCAUUAUAAAUGAGGUUGUUCUGGUUGAUAAGGGUUCUUCAAGUGGAGAUGGUUCGUCUGUGAUUCCUUUUUAUGAUAUGACUGACGAGGAGAUUAAGAAGAGGUUUCGAGUGACUCUUGACUGCCGAGGAUUGAAUUGUAUGAGGCUUGUUAAGAAACCUGAUUCCCCUGGUGAGUAUAUGUGGGUUUUGCCGACAGAGAUGGCCGAAACAUGGAAGUUGGAAUCUUCUGUUACUCAGAGUCAGACUAAUGCCUUCCUUACUCUUCGUGAAUGGCCAGGUCAUUUACGACGGUUUUAUUUCAAAUUGGAUCUGUCGGAUGCAUUUUCGGCAGUAAGAACCGCUAAGGAUCCUUGGCCGUUAUUCUGUUGUAAGACCUAUGAUGAAUUUGGUCAGGAACAUGUUUGGUGCUGUACCGUUAUUGUUCAAGGAUUUCGGUACUCUCCGAUUUUAUUCUCGAGAGUGGUCUCGGAUGUAUUAGAAGCAGCUAGAGCUGAAUGUAAGCGUCUUGGUUAUGAUGCUGAGCUUACUCAUUUCCAAGAUGAUGUAUUGGAUGGGGGCUCCUUAUCUAAUAAUGAUAUGAAGAAGUCCUCUACUUUUAGGGAAUGUAAAGCUCAGCUAAUGUCGCUUCAUCGGUUCUUACCACUGUGUAUGGAGCCAGUUAUUAUGGUUGGUGAUAAUAUGAAUUCUGUUGGUGACCGACAUUGGCAUUCACUGGAAACUAAUCAUUGUGCCGAUGAGCAUGAGAUGAAUAUAGUUAUGGAAUACCAACGGUCUGUGGUUGGUACGUUAUGGGUGAAUCGAUCAUCUUGUAUAUCUCUGGUGGACGCUAUGGCUAGGAUUUCCAAGGAGGAAGCUGACACUUUGGAAUGUGAUCGUCAAGACGGUUUGGUGGUUACUUUGAACCCUCUGUCAUGUAUGCUAGCUACCAUUAAUGAUCUCGAUGAUGAGAGUAUCUGUGUUAUUGAUGAUGAUGUAGAGUCGUGGAAUGAUAUUGUGGUGGAACCUUUCGUUUGCCCCAAAUUCUGUGAUCUUGAUGAGGUAAGAAGACAACAGUUGACGUGUCCAGAGGUUGUGGCUUUGAAAGAGCAGUCUGGUUUCAUCUCUGACCCUGAUGGGACGGUGUAUCGUGUGCAACGGUUCAGUGACUGUGAACUUCAACAUCUUGUUGAGCAAGCUCAUGCGGAUACUCAUGCUAAUGGACGACAGUUGAAGUUCUUCCUCCAGUCUUGGGCGUGGUUUCCCAAGCUUGGUAAUUUAUGUCGUGCUGUGGCUCAGGCUUGUCCAACUUGUCAGUUGACAGCUAGUCAAGCUGAUGUGGUUCACAUGGGUGGUGGUGGUAAGCUUUUGACAGCUACAUGUUGGUAUACUUCAUUCUGUGAUUUCGAGCCUAUUCCUGAUACGAAGGCGAGCUCUUUCAUCCGUGGAUUGUUUAUAUUAUUCAUGCGAUGUGGAUGGCCACGAUGUGUAUUCUCUGAUGGUGAGUUUAAUUCUCAAGAAGUUCAGUCAUGGAGUAAAGAGGUUGGUAUUUCUUGGACCAUCCAUGCUGCGAAUCAUCCACAGAGUGGAGGAUUUUAUGAGAGACGGCAUCGAAUGAUCGUUGAGGCUAUGAGGAAGUUUACUCUAGCAAGUGGAUCGUUGUGGUCUGAUGAGCUGAUCCUUGCCCAGGUUAAAUGGUUGAUUAAUCAUUCUGAGAUUGGUGAGAGUGGAAUCUGUCCGGCACUGCUCUUUUAUGGUCGUGUGCUUCCUGUUCCUUGUAUGAGGGGCGUUGAUGAUGACAUCACGAUCGAGCAGCCACAGUCUUUAUGUGAUCUCCUUAAGAUUGUCGGUCGGGUUGGUAGUCAGCGGCAGAAGAUGUUGGCUAUGUUUCUUAAUGAAUGGCUUGAUCAACGAGAACGGUCUCGUCCGACUAUUCGAUACGAGUCGAACUUGAAGCCUGGUGUAUUGGUUUAUGUCUUCACAGAACGUGUGAAUAAGCUUUCUCCUACGUUCCGUGGUCCUUUUCCAGUGCUUUCAGUUCGUGGUCGUCAUGUUUUGGUUACUACUUCUUCUGGUGUUGAGAUGCACUGGCUUGGUAACGUUAAACGUUAUAAGACUCUUGACCCAGAUGGACGUCGCCAAGCAGCAGUAGCUUCUGAAGAACGUACUCAACAAGCUUUACGAGAAGAGAAUCGAGUUAAGGAUGUUUUGCCUGUGCGUUCUUCGAAACGUCUACGUGGUGAGUCUCCUGGUCUGAUGGAGACUGUUGAACGAGCUAAGAAGGUUGCUAGAUCGUGA